AUGGACGUCAAAUACAAAUAUGCAAUCGUACGGGUCAAGGAGUCGUCUGUGAUCGACUUUUUCGGUCUCAUCGCUUCAAAUGGGUAUUCGGACGUGUCGUUUGUGAGUAAUUUAAAUCAGGCUAUCGCCCGACCGGAUCCGAACGAUGACGCUGGCGCUUCCACCAGCAUGCGAAGCGAUGACCGUGUGGCUGACUCUGAAGAUCAUUGUUCGGUGUCGGCUACACCUGUUUCCCCUGGAGAGGAGCUCACGAAUGGCAACGGUUCGAAGAGGUUGUCAAACUGUCCCCCUGCCUUCAGUUUGAUAGCUAUCCCAAAAGUCGAGAAUGAUGAACAAAACAACGACGAGGAGGUUGAGGAUGCCGGUGAUCUGAAUAUUGGCUCUUUUCCGCAAGGUUCCGCAGCGCUGGAUCUCGUCAGUGGGCUGUUUGCCACGUUACAGCAUAAAAUGCCAGGCGUUGGUUCCGAAUGGAACUCAACGCCCGAGCUUAAAGCACGUCAAUUCGUCUCGAAUCAUUCACGGAUUCCUCCCUAUAAGCAGCUGGAAGGCUUCCAGACGAGAAUGAAAGGCUGGCAACGAGAGUAUAUUAAAGACAUCAUCAAGGAAGGCCACUAUCCAACUGAAGAAGAACUCCGAGACAUCGAAGUGAAGUGCGACCUGAGCCGAAAGCAGGUCUUGCGAUUCAUCGCAAAGCGAGUCGGUAACCCUAACCGCAAGCCUCGCGACGGUCGGUUGCCACCUGCUACGCCAGAGGAAAUCCAACAAACGUUGGAGAAGUUCAACGGCAGCACGCCAUCGUAA